GACUUGCAAAACAUUCAGUUGGGCUCGAUCAAUACUCUCAAUCGCCGACAUUCGUCUAACAAGCUAACGCAUCACAGGCGGCUCUCUGCAACCAUGGCCAAGUUAGCAAUGUUCGUCUUCCUGGUUUUGGCGGUCACCUAUGCUUCCGCUGCGCCCAACAACAACUGCAAAUGGGUUAAGAAAGAUAGGGGCGUAAUAGCAGGCGCCACCGACAGCAUUGGGCAGAAUAUCGGCGGUUUCUUUGGCGGUGCAUUUGGCGCCGUUGCGCCGCCCAGUGCCAACUCUGGUGCCAUUGCCGCAGCCAGCGGGGACGAGAGCCAGGACGAUAGUGACAGGUCGGGUUUGGGCGGUGUGGCUAAUACGGGUGGCCGGCUUGUGGGAGGAACAUGGGCCGGAGUGGUGCCGAAUUCCGUCCGCUGUGGGAGUAUCACGUCAGCCAAGCAAACUGGUAACGCUGGAAACUCCCGAGUCGAUCCCGCGUGUGCUGAUGGCUCGUGGCAGGAUAGCCGCGGUCGUCCGUGCAAGCCGUAAGCAGUACGACAGUGGACAAGCCGUGAAACAGCCAAAAACUGCAACUUUAUGAGAUUGCACUGUACAGAUUUGUAAACUGGCCGCAACAGCAGUUAUGUAAACGCCUACCAGGAAAUUGCUGUCCUAUUUGUUCAUCGUCUAUAUUACACCAAGGAGAAUUUCCUUGUCCGAGCCAGUUGAUUAAAAAAUGACAUAAUUCAAA